AUGCUCGAAAUAACCUCCCUCUCACACUUCAACGCCCUCAAAUCCUCCUCUUCCCUCCUCAUAAUCGAUUUCUACGCUACCUGGUGCGGACCGUGUAAGGUUAUCUCGCCGGUGUUUUCAAGACUUGCGACGCAGCAUGGCUCCUCUGGAAUCGUCUUCGCACAAGUAGAUGUCGACAAAGCAAAGGAUGUAGCGCAGACAUGUGGUAUAACGGCUAUGCCUACAUUCCAGUUCUUCCGCGGAGGGAAGAAGAUCGAUGAGGUGAAGGGGGCGGAUAGUCAGCAGCUGAGUACGAAGAUUGGGUGGUGGGUGGGGGAGGUUAAGAAAAGUGACGGGAGGGGAGGGGGUGCGAGUGGGAGUGGGACUUCGACCGCGGCGAAGGGUAGUGCUGGUACAACACAAGGUGGGAGUUCGAAUGGGGGUGCGAGUGCGGGAAGUGGAGGACCAGGGAGUCUGAGGAGUUUGAUUGAUGUUGAGAAAGGGCGAUUACUGAACGCUACAUUACUUUCGAGCAUACGAAACAUUGCGAGUCCGCCGCCGGCGGGAUAUUCCCUCGCAUCAACAUCCUCCUCCCCCAAACUCCUCAUCUACAUCCCCUUCACCUCACCCAUCUACCCCUCCUCCCUCACCAUCCGCGUCGCCAAAGGUUCCGAUCUCAGCACCGCCCCAUCAAAACUUACAAUCGGAUCCAACGUCCCUGUCUCAGUUCGGAAAAUAGAGGAUAAGAAGACCGGGGAGGUGAGGGAGGAGAAUGAUUUGGAUAUGGAGGGGAGUAUGGGGAGGGCGGAGAAUGAGCAGAGGUUUGAGGUGUUUAGUGAUGAGUUUGUGGAUGGCGUGGUUACGUUGAAGUUGAAGGGGAGUAAAUUUGGUGCUGGGGCGAGUGGGGGGAAGGGGGUGAGGAGUUUGUUGGUAAGGGUGGAGGGGAAUUUGAGUGGUGGGGAGGGGGGGACGACGAAGAUUGGGGAGAUGGAUGUGUUGGGCGUGAAGGCUUGAGGGGGUAGAGUUGAGCUUUGUUACAUGUAGCGUGCAAGUGUAAUGAUACCAUUGUUUGAAUUUCUUGGUUUCUUGCCUUUUACUUUUACUUUUUAUUUUGCGAGUCUGUGAGGUUCAGAUUGUGUUCGAUAUGAUAUUCCUCAUCACUGCCUCCUGUUUCCUGAUAUACCCGUACUAGAAGUAAACGAGGUCAUGCAAGUAAAGAGAAGAGAUUCAAAAGGGGAAAUAUAUUAG